AUGAUUGAUAUCGAACAUGCCGAAUAUCCCAUGCUACCAUUCCUACUUCAAAGUGGCCAACUUGCACGAGAAGGCAUAAUCAUUUGCCAGAUGAAUAUUGAAGUGCAUCGACCAAAUUCGGAACAACUUCAACAAUUUUUCACCUUCUAUAAGCAAUUGAUGGAAGAGAAACAGUGGACUCUCAUGAGCGCCUCCUCUAUCAUAGGACAUCUUAGGUUAUUCAUGUUCAACCACGGCAACCAGGAAUGCCACGAUCGAUACGUUGGCGAUCUUUACGAUAGAGAAACACUUUCGGGUGAAAGUGCAUAAUU